AUCUGGCAACCCUGCCACACACAUGAAAGAAAACAUAACCUAAUUUGUGUGAAAUUUUGUCGCAUUAACUUUAUUUUGGACCUCUAAGUGAUAAAAUAUGGUGGAACCGGGACUAUUCAAGAGUAGCACAGCGUUUUGUGCGAGGUGUGGGUCAAUCUUGCCUCUCCUACAAAAGUUUGGUUCAGUCAAAUGUUACUUCUGCAAGGCCGUUUAUGAAGCUGGAAAUUACAACAAUAUCAAAUUUCAAUACACAAUCAACUUCAACACAGUGUCCACUGCAAAUAAUUUGAAUAUCAUAAACAUGGACGACCCAGAAGGGCCAGUUGUUGAGCGGAAGUGUCCGAAGUGUGGCAAUGAUCGCAUGUCGUAUGCAACGCUGCAGCUUCGGUCGGCUGAUGAAGGACAAACCGUGUUUUAUACAUGUAUAUCUUGCAAGUAUAAAGAGACAGAAAAUUCCUGAAAUUCCAUCUACAUUCUACAACUUCAAUCAUAGGUUACUAUUGUACAUACUUAUUUGUAAACUUGUAAGAAUAAUAAUGCAUUUAUAAGGUAAAUUUAAAAUUUCAUUAAUUAAACACUCCCAAAUCAAUAAUUAA